AUGGCAGAUGCGAAUGAGCUUGCAACGCGUCCGAAUAGUGAUGAUUCACCUAUAGACGUGUUAACACAUGAAGCUGCUCCUGUUCAAGACCCGCCCUCUAAUGCUUCUGAUAAUAUUACACCCGCAACUACUGUAGAACCCACACCUACUGUAGAAUCCACACCUACUGUAGAAUCCACACCUACUGUAGAAUCCACACCUACUGUAGAAUCCACACCUACUGUAGAGCCCACACCUACUGUAGAACCAACAUCAUCAAUUCAGCUAGAUUCGUUACCUCAUCCUUUACCUCGCUGGAUGAAUCCAUCACCUAAACUCCAUUUGCGUUUUUUCAAAUAUCUUCAUAGAAUCGUUCCCGAACGAAGUGAUUAUUCUCAUUUAGAAUUUAAUUGGAAAGUGGAUCCUGCUUCAUAUUUGACUCCAAUGGAUAAUAAUUUUAAAUUUAAUAUUUUAAUGGAUGGUCAUGCUCACACUACUUAUUCCGAUGGCAGAAUGAAUCCAGAGCAAUUGUUACAAUGGGCAAUAGCAAAUGGGUACAAUGCUAUUAUCGUAAGUGAUCACAACACCAUCGAGGGUGCCCUAAAAGCUCAAGAAAUUGCAAAGGAGGAAUAUAACAACUCGAUUAUCGUAAUUCCUGGAAUGGAAUAUAGGUUGGAAAAUCCUUUUGGUCCUUUUAAUAACCCCUACCCUUCGAAUGAUGAUUUAAAAAUCAUGAUUGAUAAAGUUCAUGAAAUGGGUGGCUUAGUAACCGUAAACCAUAUUCCCUGGAGUAAUAAGACAGAAUGGGGAUACCAGGUUCCCACAUUAACGGAUCAUCCUACAAGGGAAGAACUUCUUGAUGGAUUUGAAAUCAUUAAUGGAGACACCUUCGAUUUCGAAACAUAUUUGUUUGUUAGAUACAAUCCAUCUCUAAAAAUUUCUGGUUCAGAUGUUCAUUAUCCAUCAGAUGGUGCAUACGCAUGGACUGUAUUGGAUGCUCCCAACAAAACUGUUGAAGGUAUAAUGUCAAAAUUACGAGAGCAUAAUACUUCAUUUUUAUUCGAUGCUACAGGAACAAGGCCACGUUAUUACCCUGAUUAUAAUAAGGAAUACCUGGCUUUAUUGCCAAUAACUGCAUUAGCCAAUGCAUUUACCUCAUUUUUUGAUGAUUAUAGAGGAAUGUAUUCUUUCCAAGGCGGAUUUUGCCAAGAAAGAAAAGUUGUUGUGCAUUGGAGAAGUUACGGGUAUUUUGUACUAUAUUGUUUAUCAUUUUUUGCCAUUUACGAAAUGUUAAGAUGUGUGAUAAAGAAAGGUUUUAAAUUUGCGGUAGCAAGAUAUAGAAAGUUUCAGAAUAAUAGAAGGAUUCGUAUUGAUGCUGAUGAACAAAGUCUUCUUAAUAGAGAUCAUUAUACGGAUAUGGAUGUUAUAGAUAUGGAACCUUAA